UUUCCAAGGUUCAAUGUUUAAUGUUCUCAUAAACAUCGCAAACGAAGCACCAGGCACUAACUUUAAGACAAACGCGACGAACAUAUUGCCAUCAACUCUUGGACAUAUUCUUCGAAUAUUCAUAACCAAGUCAGAAAGAAAAGAAAAAGGAUAAAAGAGAAAGAACAAGAGCGCAAGGAAGAAAAAAAAUAGAGCAAUACAAGACAAAGACGUUACGCGAAUCCCACUCAUUAGUCGCAAUAAUGUCAACACCCGAAGAUCACGAGCUUAUGGACAAGAUCAGCAGACUAGCUGGAAAAAUCAAUCGCCACAAGGCCCAACAAGAUGGCUCGAGCCUAGAUCUAAACCCUUCUUAUCGAGCAUCUUAUCACCGUGUUACACCGUACCCCCCUCGCGGAAGCUAUCGUGGUCGACGUGGCAGAGGAGCUCUUCCAACCUAUCGCAACAAGACUCUUGUUCUGAAUGGACAAUACAAACCUGCAACUGAUACAGGCGAAAGCACCGACGAGACUUCUAAUCCGACUACCCCCUCAUGGAUUACCAAAACCGAUCGCCACAUGCAGCUGAUCAACAGUUCUGUAUACGAGAAGGAAACACAGCAACGCGCCAAUGCCAUGGAGCAAACCCUUCGUCAGAAACAGGCGCAAAAAAACACCCACGAGAAAGCUGUGUUUAUGAAUAGCAUGCUUCAAAGUGGUGUUAUUGCCACCCCAUCAAAUUCUAACUUGCCUAGUUCCGCUUCCCAAUACGAGAUCACCGUGGAUGGCAUCCGCUUUCACGUCGUGCAACACGGCAGCAAGCUUGUCAAGGCACCCAACGACGUGAACCCUCCUUCGGCCACCCCCAAGGUUACCCUAAUCGGCGGCGUCAAAUUUCAUCGUACCAAGCACGGCAACCUUGUGAGACACGGGAUUGUGAAAGCGCAGCGUUUCGCUGGUGGAGUCAAGAAGGUCAACGAGCAGUGCAAGACCUUUUCAUGGACCGGUUCAUGCCCGAAAGGGCCCCGAUGCCGAUACAUGCACGACGCUACCAAGACGGCAAUUUGCCGGGAUUACCUCCUAAAGGGUAAAUGUCUGCAAGGUGACGAUUGUGAUCUCUCACAUGACGUUUCAGAGGAGCGAACACCUCUCUGCGUACACUUCGCUAAGGGGAAUUGCCACAACUCAACUUGCUCGUAUGUUCACGCCGAGCACUCGCCAGCGGACCCAGUAUGUCGAUCCUUUGGGAUCUAUGGAUACUGCGAGAAGGGAGCGCAAUGUCCCGAUCGCCACGUAUUCGAGUGCCCCGACUUUAGCAACACCGGUGUCUGUAAUGUCUUGGGUUGCAAGCGGCCGCACAUUGAAAGGGCAAGUGUCCUUCGCAAGGCGGGCAAUCGCGUAUCGGCAGCCGAGGACAUGGAAUUUGUGUCGAGCGAUGACGAAGACGCUGCAGCAGACAGUGACGACAUAGAUUCGGACGAAGUCGAAGAGUUUGUCAAGAAAGAUGAUGAUGACGACCUUGACUUUGUGCAGCAGAAGGAUUACAUCGGGUUCUAACGAAUCCCAUCGGAUUGCUUUUAGUUACUGAUUAUUUAGGAACGCAAGAAGACGUGGCUCGCCAUGGACGAUAUGCAUCGUAUCCGGGGAAUUUCCAAAAUACCCCCUUUAACUUGGUCUAUGACCGAUUUGGCUAGUAUCUGAACGGCACAUGCCAUGGCUGUCGAUGGCAUUCGAAGGUUGCCUUAUUCUCGUACAAUGGUCUGUGAUACCCCAUUCCGACGCAUUUCAUUUGAGACAGUUUGGUAAAGAGGAGUUGAUAGCUCCGAGGGAGGAAAGAAAAAAAAGAAGAAAAAUUGCCUGGGUACCUAGGUAUCUAGUAGAUAAUCACAAUAGAGAAGAAUUGUGCUUUGCACCUAUACAUACUUA